AUGCGAAAGAAACUCAUGGGCUAUGUCGGAUUCGCAAACUUCCCUAACCAAGUACAUCGCAAGUCUGUCAAGACAGGUUUCCAGUUCACCUGCAUGGUCGUUGGCGAAUCCGGUCUUGGUAAAUCGACUUUGGUCAAUACCCUGUUUAAUACCCAAAUCUAUCCCAAUAAGCAACCUGCCGAACCCACUCAUGACUGUCCUCAGACAGUCGAAAUUCAAUCAAUAACCACAGAUAUUGAAGAAAAUGGCGUUCGCUUAAGAAUGACCGUAGUCGACACACCAGGAUUUGGUGAUUUUGUCAACAACGAAGAGAGCUGGAAGCCUAUCCUAGACAAUAUUGAAUCUCGCUUUGACGCCUAUCUUGAACAGGAGAACAGAGUCAACCGUCGCAAGAUGGUCGAUAACCGAAUCCACGCCUGUCUGUACUUCAUCACUCCUACCGGUCAUGCCCUGAAACCACUUGAUGUCGAAUUCAUGCGACGUCUCCAUACCCGUGUCAAUCUUAUUCCUGUCAUUGCCAAAGCAGACACCUUGACAGAAGAAGAGGUUGUUGCAUUUAAACAACGCAUCUUGGCUGAUAUCAAGCACCACAAUAUCCAAAUAUACCAAGCACCAGCAUAUGAAUAUGAUGAUGAGGAGACAAUUGCAGAAAACCGCGAAGUUAUGUCCAAGAUCCCCUUUGCUAUCGUUGGAUCAGAUAAAGAGUUUGAAGUCGAAGGAGGCCGUCGGGUUCGUGGACGCAGAUACCCCUGGGGAGUAAUUCAGGUCGACAACGAAGAGCAUUGUGAUUUCGUUAAAUUGCGCCAGAUGUUGAUUCGUACACACAUGGAAGAACUCAAGGAGUUCACAAAUGAUGUUCUCUAUGAGAAUUAUCGCACAGAGAAAUUGUCUGCUAUGGGUAUCCAACAAGAUCCCUCUGUGUUCAAGGAGGUCAACCCAGUCCAGAAGAUGGAAGAGGAGCGUUUGGCUCACGAGCAGAAACUGGCCAAGAUGGAGACUGAAAUGCGAUCUGUAUUCCACGCCAAGGUGCAGGAGAAGGAACACAAAUUGAAACAAUCCGAAGAAGAACUUUAUGCGCGCCACAAGGAGAUGAAAGAAGCUCUGGACAAACAACGCAUUGAGCUUGAGGAAAAGAGGCGCCGACUGGAAGCAGGAAGACCAAUGACACCCGAAAAAUCAAAGAAGAAGGGCUUCUCUUUCAACAAAUAA